AUGGGAUUUAAAAUAUUUAAUAUUUUAUUGCUGUUAUCAGUAUUAUGGCAGCCACCACAUGGAGAGGCUGUGGAAAUACCCGAUGAUGGGAAAUUACGCGUCUGUGUGGUUGAGUCCCGUGGUGCCUAUCGCAAAACUCCCAAAUUCUGUCCCAUUCUGGAGGCCCAAACAAAUAUGGAAUGUGUGGUGGGAGUUGAUCGUUUAGAUUGUGUUCGAAAAAUCCACAAAGGCACGGCACAUUUUGGUGUGUUAACCUCGGAAGAUUUAGUGGCAGCCCGAUGGGCCAGUGUAGAGAUUUUAGUCACAAGUGAGCUGAGAUCGCAUAGUUCGCACUUCGAAUAUGAAGUUGUGGCGGUGGUCGAUAAUGAAGCGGAAAUUCACACGGUACAUGAUUUGCGAGGCGCCAAAUUGUGUCACCCCGGUUAUGGCCUGGGCAGUCAUUGGACUGAGGUGUUGGCUAAUUAUUUUGAAUCCGCCAUGGUCACCAAAUCCUGUGAUCCCGAUAUCUCAAUAACGGAGGAUCGCAUACGCUCUUCUGCCCAUUUCUUUGGUCCCAGCUGUAAGGCUGGCCCUUGGGUCCCAGAUCCCAAACAAGAUCGCCAAUUGAAGAACAGAUACCCUUCCCUGUGUCAAAUGUGUUAUGACUCGUAUAGAUGUGAUGUUGGUGAUAAACAUUGGGGUAGGCGGGGUGCCCUUUAUUGCCUCACCAGUGGUGGCGGUAAUGUGGCCUGGGCCAGGCUCGAUGAUGUGCGCAGUCAUUUUGGACUUACAGGUCUCCCUAAGCAAGCAGAACCCUCAGAGUACAGCUACCUUUGUCCUGAAGGCCAUUUGCAGCCCAUCAACUCCACCAAACCCUGUGUUUGGGUUGCCAAACCCUGGCCGGUUAUUGCCGCCCGCCGCACUCAUGCUGCCCAGAUACAAAAUAUCGUGACCGGCCUGAACCAUGACUCACCGAAUAGCUGGCAGAAUGCCUUGCUCAGCCUGUUGGAAAAUUUCCAUGUCGAUAUCGUGCCGCUGGAUAAUGUCAUACCCAUUGAUGAUUAUUUGGAUCAAGCCCCAGCCUUCCAGAGCGCCUAUAGCUUCCCCGAAUGUAAUCCACCCCGUUCGAUUGUGUUCUGCACCACUUCGAUUAUACAACACGUUAAAUGUUCUUGGAUGCAGGAAGCUUCCCAGGUUUAUGGAGUUCAACCCAACAUCCAAUGUGUCCGUUCAGCUAAUCUUGAUGCCUGUAUGGAUGACAUAAAAUUCCGUUCUGCCGAUGUGGUCCUGGUCGAUCAUGAACAUCGCCUGCAGGCUCAAAGGGAUUAUAACUUGAAACCGGUGCUCUUCGAAUUUUCUCAGGAUAUGCAUGAACGUUAUGUGACCAUUGCGGUGGUCCAUAAGGAUGCAAAAUUUGAAACAUUUGCCGAUUUGAAGGGAGCCAAGGCAUGUCUACCCUCUUUUGAGGGUCCGGCAUAUCUUUCGGUGUUGGAAACCCUACACAAUCAGACCCGCACACCGCCAUCCAUGCACAAGUUUUUCCAUCGUGAAUCGUGUCUAUGGGAGCCGCAUUCCUCACACAAAUGUCCCCAGAUCUAUCAGGGAGAUGAGGGAGCCCUAAGAUGCCUGGCCGAAAAGGGUGAUGUGGCUUUCCUAAGCUCGGAUGUAUAUAAGAAAUACACCAUCGGCAACCUGACCUCAUCCUGGGUAAAACAAUCCUCACACCAGAAAUCCUUUAAGGUCCUUUGCCCCUAUGGCGGCAAUGUCCGAGGUUCAAAAUUCGAAUAUUGUUAUCUUCAUUGGACCACCCGCGGUCACAUAAUGACCCAUGACAGUUCUCCGACAAGGAUAAAUGAAAUCCAUAAUUCUUUACGGGAUAUUGAUGCUCUUUUUGGUAAAAAUUAUAAAUCCGAUACAAGGCCCUUCACGAUGUAUGGGAUUUUCGAUAAGAAAAAUGAUGUGAUCUUUCGGGAUCAAACGGAUGGUUUAAAGGGUAUCUAUGAUCUGAAAAGGGAUUACAACAGUCGGCUAAUGGAGGAUAUUUUCCACAAUUACGUACAAGAAAAAUAUGUAAAUCCUUUGGAAAGUUCAGCGGCUUAUGUGGGUCCCCAUAAGCUGUUGCGGGGUCUAAUGGUCUUGAGUUUAUUAAUGAUUUGGAAUUUGAGAUAA